AUGGUCGCAAGCAAGAUUGAUGGAACGGCCCUUGCCAAAUCCAUCCGAGAGAGGCUCAAGGCCGAGAUUGCUGAGAAGCAAUUGACAAACCCGCGUUAUCAGCCAUGCCUAAAAAUUAUCCAAGCUACCUAUGUGCGCAUGAAGCUGAAGGCUGCCGCUGAAGCCGGCAUAAGCUGCGAGUUGCUUCACUAUCCCGAGUCCAUCACGGAACCGGAGUUGCUUGACCAGAUUCACCGUCUAAACAACAAUCCCGAUGUUCACGGUAUCCUAAUCCAGCUUCCUGUUCCAGGCCACAUUCGUGAGUAUGCUGUCACCUCUGCGGUUUCCGACGAGAAGGAUGUCGACGGCUUCGGCACUUUCAACAUUGGUGAGCUCGCCAAGCGAGGCGGCAAGCCGUUCUUUGUUCCCUGCACUCCCAAGAGCGCCAUGGCUCUGCUCAAGGAGGCCGGAAUUGAUCCAAAGGGAAAGAACGCUACCGUCAUUGGUCGCAGCAAUAUCGUCGGUAGCCCAGUCAGCCAGCUCCUUACAAAUGCCGAUGCUACCGUGACCGUCUGUCACUCCAAGACGGCGAACAUCCAGGAGCAUCUCAAGAACGCCGAUAUUGUGGUUUCCGCUAUUGGCAAGCCGGAGUUCGUCAAGGGCGAGUGGCUAAAGCCCGGUGCUGUCGUCAUCGAUGUCGGCAUCAACUACGUCCCGGAUGCUAGCAAGAAGUCGGGCUAUAGACUGGUUGGUGACGUGCAUUUCGAGAGUGCCGCUCAGGUAGCCUCGCACAUAACACCCGUCCCUGGCGGUGUAGGUCCCAUGACCGUUGCCAUGCUUAUGCAAAACGUUGUCGACGCGACCAACCGGCACUUCGAUCAGCAGAAAGACAGGACGGUGACUCCCCUCCCUCUGAAGCUCCAGGACCCUGUCCCCUCCGAUAUUGAGGUCUCCCGAAGCCAAAUCCCCAAGCAGAUUACCAGCGUUGCUGUCGAAGCCGGCGUUGCAUCCCACGAACUCGAGCCUUAUGGUGCUUACAAGGCCAAGGUUGAUCUCAGCCUGCUGAAGCGACUCGAGCAUCGCCGAAACGGACGAUAUGUUGUCGUCACCGGCAUUACACCCACUCCUCUUGGUGAGGGCAAGUCCACCACGACAAUGGGCAUUGCGCAGGCCCUCGGCGCUCACCUAGGUCGCCUUACUUUUGCCAACGUUCGCCAGCCCAGCAUGGGCCCUACCUUCGGUAUCAAGGGUGGUGCGGCUGGUGGUGGCUACAGUCAAGUCAUCCCCAUGGACGAAUUCAACCUUCACCUGACUGGAGAUAUCCAUGCCAUUACCGCGGCCAACAACCUUUUGGCUGCUGCCAUCGAUACGCGCAUGUUCCACGAAAAUACCCAAAAGGACGCCGCGCUGUACCGCCGACUUGUGCCGGUCAAGGACGGAGUGAGGAAGUUCGCUCCCGUCAUGUUCCGCCGGCUCAAGAAGCUCGGUAUUGACAAGACCAAUCCCGAUGACUUGACUGAGGACGAAAUUCACCGAUUCGCCAGGCUCGAUAUCGACCCCGCCACCAUCACCUGGAGGCGUGUGCUCGACGUGAACGACCGUCUUCUGCGUGGAGUGACCAUUGGCACUGCACCUACCGAGAGGGGAUUCACUCGCGAAACCGGCUUCGAUAUCUCCGUCGCUAGCGAGUGCAUGGCCAUUCUGGCUCUCAGCACCGACUUGGCCGAUCUCAGGGAACGUCUUGGACGCAUGGUCGUCGCUAGCUCCAAGAGCGGCGAGCCGGUCACCUGCGACGACAUCGGAGCAGGCGGUGCGUUGACCGCCCUUAUGAAGGAUGCGAUUAAGCCGACGCUCAUGCAGACCCUGGAGGGCACUCCCGUCUUCGUGCACGCCGGUCCGUUCGCCAACAUCAGCAUCGGAGCCAGCUCCAUCAUUGCUGACAAGAUGGCACUGAAGCUCGCUGGUACGGAACCCGACGAAGACCACGCCAGCAACUCAGGCUUCGUCGUCACCGAAGCUGGUUUCGAUUUCACCAUGGGCGGAGAGCGUUUCUUCAACAUCAAGUGCAGAGCCUCUGGUCUCGUCCCUGAUGUUGUGGUCAUCGUGGCUACCAUCCGCGCUCUCAAGGUUCACGGAGGUGGUCCCCCGAUUGCUGCCGGUGCGCCUCUCGACCCCGUCUACAAGCAGGAGAAUGUCGAAGUUCUCCGUGCGGGAUGCUGCAAUCUCCGAAAGCACAUUGAGAAUGCCAAGUCCUAUGGUGUUCCCGUUGUCGUGGCUAUCAACAAGUUCUUCACCGACACGGAUGCCGAAAUCGCCGUGGUCCGUGAGGAAGCCAUUGCGGCGGGUGCGGAGGACGCUAUCCUGUCCAACCACUGGGCUCUGGGUGGCGAGGGUGCCAUCGACCUGGCCAAGGGCGUCAUUGCUGCUAGCGAGAAGCCCAAGGAUCUCAAGUUGCUCUACGACCUCGGCGGUACCGUUCAGGAGCGGAUCGAGGCCAUUGGCAAGAAGAUGUAUGGUGCCGAAAAGGUUGAGUUCAGUGAGCUUGCCCAACAGAAGGUCGAUACCUACACACGACAAGGUUUCGGUAACCUGCCGAUCUGCAUUGCGAAGACCCAGUACUCCCUUUCGCACGAUCCUGCACUCAAGGGAGCGCCUACGGGCUUCACGGUUCCUAUCCGUGAUGUCCGAAUGGCUGCGGGAGCUGGUUAUCUUUACGCUCUUGCUGCUGAUAUCCAGACCAUUCCUGGCUUGCCUACGGCUCCAGGCUAUCUCAACGUCGAUGUCAACGUCGAGACGGACGAAAUCGAGGGUCUGUUCUAA